GCCACUUGCUGCAGUGCGAGCUCUGUUGUUCUUGUAAUUGUUUACAGUUUACCACACCUUACAAGGUCAUUUUCGUACAUAGCAGCAGGAGCGUUAUUGUAUGGUGUUAUAUUAGGUAUUCUUUUGUUAAUUUUAGCACUUGCCGUUCUAAGUAUUCUACUUUGCUUCUGCUAAUCGCAUUAUACGAUGUGCGAUCAUCGUGCAGACUCCAGAUUUACCAUACGAGCGGUAACGAGCGUGAUUAAUUCUUCCGAGCAACUCUAAAUGCGAUUCGUAGCCAGUGCCCACGCAUAAGAUUGAUAUACAUUGUACAGGUCACACACCUGAGAAUGGCUCAACGGAAUUUUAAUAUCGUAUAACGAGAAGUGGUUCGGAAACACAAACGCUGUUGUUGAAUCUUCUUUUCCACUGCCCUCGGCACCACGAUGCAGCGCCAAUCGGGUACGAACAAUCGACGAAACACCAGCAAGAACGUGGUUCGCUUGGAUGAAGUUAACAGUCGCCUGAAUCCUAGCCAGAAUACUGCGGUACAUGGCAUGCCGAACAGCUUGGUUCCGCAGAUUUCCAAUCCAGGACAAUCCCGGCCUAUAAUCGGCAACUUCGUUGAUCCUUACCUGACGCAGCAGCCGCGACUGCAGGACAAUUCGAGGGGACCGAUUAGACCCCCUCACACCGAGCCAGGCAUCAGCGCUGGAGGUGCCCGAAACGAUGAAGACACCACAUUUUUCCAAGGAAUUUUAACUCCGCUGACACCCACUGGCACUGUUCCAGUAUCAGCAUUGGCUAAUCAGAGCUCACUCACGCAUCAGCUGCUGACACAGAAAAGCAAUCCCAAUCCGUCGACAACAGCCGCCGGAUCACAGUCGCGCAGGAGCAGCAGUCAUUCCUUGCAGAACAUUAGUGAACCCACAUCCGAUGCGGAUUCGGAUGAUCCGGACGAUGAGGACACCAGCGCAGGGGAGCGUGGAGGACGGAGUGGGCGUGCAUCGGGCUCUGGUUUUCGGGAAAAGCGAAGGGAGGCGCACACGCAAGCUGAGCAGAAGCGCCGGGAUGCUAUCAAGAAAGGUUACAACGAACUGGAAAAGGAACUGCCACAUGAUGUGGAUAAAUUAGGAAAUCAAAAAGAUAGUAAAGCGAGGAUUCUACAAAAAUCCAUAGAAUAUGUGAAUUACCUGGAAACGCGAAAGAAGCAACAGGCUGAAGAACUGGAAAAGCUGAAGAACGAGUUUUUAGGAUUGCAGAUCAUGAAAGCGGAAUACGAGAAAAUGGCCGUGAAUAUGCGUGGCCAAGCCGAUCAGGGUGGCCAGUCGAUCCCUGACGAAGUGAAAUUUCAAGUGUUUCAGCGAAUUAUGGAUAACCUGUUCCAAACUUAUGAUGCGCGGGUGGUCACUUCCAGUUUCGCGGAGCUAUCCGGCACUGCUUUUACCUGGUUAGAAGAAUGCUGCACUCCGGCGCACAUUAAACAUAUUACGGCCGCCGUGCUGAAUGACUUCAACAAAAGCUACGCCCAGCCAAGAAAGUAAAAAGAGAUUAAAGUAUUUUAUAAUUCAGAUAGUAUUUCAUGGUCCCGGUGGUGGAAUAGCCUUAUUAUGCUUUAUAAGUCAUGUGUUUUUGCUUUGUGUGAAUUUUUCCCUUUAAAAUGAGCAAUUUGUGUGUCUGUCAUCAUAUGACAAAAUGUUCUUUGUGUAGUGUCGGUUAUUCGACACAUCAAUACCCAGCACGUGGUAAAAUUAUAAUGCUUCAAUGGCAUUGCCACGCCUGCAUUAAAAAAUAAAAA